AUGCAGAACCGUAUCGACCGCGUUGCCAUUAUUGGCGCAGGAGGUCAUAUCGGGUCGGCAAUGGCUAAGGAGCUCCUCAAGAUAGGAAAGACUGUAACCGGCCUUACACGCGCGGCUAGCACGAGCAACCUGCCUUCGGGGGUCAAAGCAAUAGUAAUCGACUAUGACGAUGAGUCGUCACUCAUCAAAGCUCUAGAGGGUCAGGAUUUCCUAAUUAUAAGCUUGGCAAUUCGAGCUCCUGCCGAGACACAUUCUAAAAUUGUUCGAGCUGCAGCCAAGGCUGGUAUCCAGUACAUUAUGCCAAACGUGUACGGCUAUGACUUCUGGGGUAAUGAGAAAUUGGGCAAUGAUACUACAUUGGGUCCUCAGUUUGGUGUUUAUUGGGAAGACGUCAAAAAAGCGGGCAUUCACAGUGUAGUCUUGACAUGCGGCUACUGGUACGAGUGGAGCCUCGGGUUGGGAGAAGACCUCUUUGGGUUCGACAUUAAGAAGCGCAGUGGAGUGUUACUUGAUGGAGGAAAUGUCAAGAUAAACACGAGCACUUGGGCUCAGUGCGGGCGUGCAGUUGCCGCACUGCUGAAUCUGCCGAUUCUACAACAGGACCAGAGCGACACAAGUGCUACCAUCAGCCGGUACUUUGACAAUAUGCUUUUUAUUUCCAGCUUCCGAGUUAGUCAGCGCGACAUGUACGAAAGUCUCAAGCGUGUGACCGGCACCACAGACGCCGACUGGAAUAUCAGAGAGGACAAUGCCGAGAGGCGUUGGAAGGAAGCCUCUGAGCGUGUAGCCAAAGGCGAUUUCAGCGCGCAUCCCAUGAGGAUCUAUUCUAGGAUUUUCUUCGAUAAUGGAGAUGGCGAUUACGAGACUAGCCACGGGCUAGAUAACGAUGUUCUUGGGCUGCCUCGGGAAGACUUGGAUGCUGCAACUAGAGAGACCAUUCGCAUGCUGGAGAACAAUGAGCUGCCUGUCCACUAA